CCCACCUCACCAACUCAACGAAUCCUCAAGUUUUGACUCUAUUGAGCAUGCAUCCCUCAUGAUCGACCACUGCCCCAUAAUAAUCCCUUCCUUAAACAAUGACUUUAGCCUCUUUCUAGUCUCUCCAAUGAUCUGAUAUGUUGAGCAUAAAGUUUUGGUUGAAGGUGUAGAUGUGAAAAACCUAAAAAACAAAGACCAGAAAUCACGCAAAUCUUGAAGUUAGGUCAUCUAAUGUUAAUCAACCUUCGCACAUUUAUAUAUCGUAGCUGCGCCCAUCAUCUCCCUCUCGUGUUUGAAAUAUCCUCACAUAUCCAUCCAUGGCUAAACUGGCUUUGGUUUCCUUUCUUGUCAUUCUAUGCUUUGUGUUAACAUCUGCUGCUACAACUUACAUUGUGGGGGAUAAUUCCGGUUGGGACAUAAGCACUGAUCUUGAUACAUGGGCUCAGGGCAAGAAUUUUGUUGUUGGAGACGUUCUCUUGUUCCAAUACACACCAUCAAACAGUGUGAAUGAGGUGACAAAAGAAUCAUUCGACGGAUGCAACACCACCCAUGUUAUAAAAACAUAUACAAAUGGGAACACCACAGUUACAUUGUCAAGACCUGGUCCAUGGUAUUUUAUUUCGGGCAACAAGUUGUAUUGCCUAGGAGGAAUGAAACUUGAGGUAAAUGUACAAGGAAAUCAAACAGAUUCCCCAGUUGCUGCUCCUCAAGCACAACCAGGGGCUGCUCUUACUCAGCCUUCCUCUAAGAACAACAAUCCGAUUCCGACUUCUUCAGGAAUUGUCUAUGCAGGUGGAAAGGAUUCUCUUGUAAAAGCCUCCUUUGGUUUUAUGGCCACUAUAUUGUGGUUGAGCACCUGCGGAUAUUGAAGACUUGAGGACUCCCUUCCGUCUCUUACAUGAAGGUUGUUGUAUUGACCCAUUUCUUAUAUUCAAAAUCUUAUGUAAAAUCAGGAUCCUGUCAGAAUUUUUUAUUCGUUUAAGCAGGUUGUCUUCAAAGGUUGGAGUGGUUAAUGCUCGGCUCGCAUGCAAACUGGUAUAUACACCCAAUCAAUAAAAAUUUAAUAAAUCUUUACUAUAAUUUUAUAUAAUUAGCAUUUGAAGA